CGGUGGCGGCAGCGCUUCCCGGCCGAGCGGAGGCCGCCUCGCUCCCGCUCCCUCAGCGGGCGGAGAGCGGAGCGGGCUCUGGGCUGCGGCGCCCGGAGCCGGUGCGCGCCCGGGACAGCCGCGCUUCCCCAAUAUAAAUGCCCAUAUUUGUGCUGUCCAGUAGUCCCUGGUCUUCUGUCGUUCUUGAGAAUUUAACAUGUGGCUCAUCCCAACUGAGAUGUUUUGGCCUUCCGGUAAAAGCCGGAAGACCUGCUGGACAAAUUCAAAAAGAGCUAAACCCUUGGUUUUAGUCAAAUACAUCACUAUCUAUUAAAGGAAACCAGACCUGAUGUGGAAGUAGAAAUCUAAUGUGUGAAUAUACAGAAACUGCUUCAGUUGAUUCAAAAUGGGAACAACAAGUGAUGAGAUGGUAUCGGUGGAACACACCUCCUCGUCCUUCAAUCCUCUGUGUUUUGAAUGUGGUCAGCAGCACUGGACAAGAGAAAAUCACUUGUAUAAUUACCAGAAUGAAGUGGAUGAUGACCUGGUCUGCCAUAUUUGCCUUCAGCCUCUAUUGCAGCCAUUAGAUACCCCCUGUGGACACACAUUCUGCUGCAAGUGCCUCAGAAACUUCUUACAAGAGAAAGAUUUCUGUCCAUUGGACAGAAAAAGACUUCACUUUAAGUUGUGUAAGAAGUCUAGUAUUCUAGUUCAUAAACUUCUGGACAAAUUAUUAGUUGCAUGUCCUUUUUCUUCAGUGUGCCAAGUUGUAAUGCAGCGCUGUGAUCUGGAGGCACAUCUUAAAAACAGACUGGUAAUCUCAAUUGACCUAACUUCAAGUUCACCAAUUCUUUCUUCUGCCUGUUCAAAUCUGCUAUGUCCUGGAGCUUCUCAUCAGAGAGUUGCCCUAGAGAGAAGGAAAACCAGUAAAACUCAGACAGAGAUUGAGAAUGAAAAUGGAACCACUAUAAUAGAUCUCCCAAGUACCCUAUCGCCCGAAACGGACUGCUCAGGGACAGGCACAGUGCCCGCCGAACGGAACUUGACCUCUGCCUCUCUUCCUGUAUGGACUGAGGAGCCUGGCCUGGACAACCCUGCCUUCGAGGAGAGCACCAUUGCUGACACCACACAACAGCCACCUAGUUUACCAGAAGGUGAAAUCACCACGAUUGAAAUUCACCGAUCUAAUCCUUAUAUUCAGUUAGGAAUUAGCAUUGUGGGUGGCAAUGAAACACCACUGAUUAACAUCGUUAUCCAGGAAGUCUAUCGGGAUGGGAUAAUUGCCAGAGAUGGAAGGCUCCUUGCUGGAGACCAGAUUCUUCAGGUCAACAACUAUGAUAUUAGCAAUGUGUCGCACAACUAUGCCAGGGCUGUCCUUUCACAGCCCUGCAGCACCUUACAGCUCACUGUGCUUCGAGAGAGACGCUUCGGUAACCGAGUGAAUAGCCAUUCUGAUGGGAACUCUCCACGAGAAGAGAUUUUCAGUGUGGUUCUUUAUAAACGAGACUAUGGUGAACAGCUCGGCAUCAAACUUGUACGAAGGACAGAUGAGCCAGGAGUUUUUAUUCUUGACCUACUGGAAGGGGGGCUUGCUGCGCAGGACGGGAGGCUCAGCAGCAAUGAUCGCGUGCUUGCCAUCAAUGGGCAUGACCUGAAGCACGGAACUCCUGAGUUGGCCGCCCAGAUCAUUCAGGCUAGUGGAGAAAGGGUCAGUUUAACAAUUGCUAGACCAGGGAAACCCCAGCCUGGUAACACUAUCCGAGAAGCAGGAACUCAGAGCAGCAGCCAGCACCAUGCGCAGCCACUGUAUUACAGCAGACCCAGCUCACAUAAGGAUCUUACCCAGUGUGUUACAUGCCAAGAAAAACACAUUACUGUAAAGAAGGAACCUCAUGAAUCCCUUGGGAUGACAGUAGCUGGGGGCAGAGGAAGUAAGAGUGGUGAACUGCCCAUCUUUGUGACCAGUGUACCACCUCAUGGCUGCCUUGCACGCGAUGGCAGAAUCAAGAGAGGUGAUGUGUUGUUGAAUAUCAAUGGCAUUGAUUUGACCAAUUUAAGUCACAGUGAGGCUGUUGCUAUGCUGAAAGCCAGUGCUGCAUCCCCUGCUGUUGCCCUUAAAGCACUUGAGGUCCAGGUUGUUGAGGAGGCCACCCAGGCCACGGAUGAGCAGCCAAGCACUUUCAGUGAAAAUGAGUAUGAUGCCAGUUGGUCCCCAUCGUGGAUCAUGUGGCUUGGGCUUCCCAGUUCCCUUCAUAGCUGCCAUGAUAUAGUUUUACGAAGAAGCUACUUGGGAAGUUGGGGCUUUAGUAUUGUUGGUGGAUAUGAAGAGAACCACACCAAUCAGCCUUUCUUCAUUAAAACCAUUGUCUUGGGAACUCCUGCUUAUUAUGAUGGAAGAUUAAAAUGUGGAGACAUGAUCGUGGCCGUGAACGGCCUGUCAACUGUGGGCAUGAGCCAUUCCGCAUUAGUUCCCAUGUUGAAGGAGCAGAGGAACAAAGUCACUCUCACGGUUAUUUGCUGGCCUGGCAGCCUGGUGUAGAUUUUGAAAUUGGUUUUGAGUCAAACACCUUUCUUUUUUAGGUUUUGGAAAAAAAAACCCUUUUGUUUUAUUGUAUUUCUGGUUGUUAGGAGCUAUUGGCACAGCUGGUAUAUGCAGGGCCCCAAACCACUAAGAUUGUCCUUCUGUUGUUGUUUAAGUGGUUUAACUCAAGUUAGCCACAUUUCUUUCCUCUUGGAAACAGUCUUCCACUAAUCCUAUGAGUUCAUAUUUUCAGAAUGUGACCUAUAAUAAUGAAUGAAGUUUGUCAAAACUGUGACCCAGCCAGCUAGAUUUGAGGACUUCUGGUGGCUCUUUGUUUUCACUGACUGAAUCAGAUAAUGAGUUACAUAUGCCCAAGACUGGUAUCAGUGAAGACAGGAGCAAUAGCAUUUGCUAUCGCUGUUACUACCAAUGCCAGGAAUGGAUAGAUUUUAAAUUUGGAUGGUAACCGUUUCCCAUUUUUCAUAGGUGCCAACAUUUCAAAACUUCAUACUGCUUAUAAGGUGAUUUUUCUGGCUUAUUUCUUCUUUAAUCUCUCAGUGCUCAGAGAUGAUGAAGAAAUAAUUUUGACACCACAAAAGAGAUUUAUUUAAAAAAACAUACCUUUAUUAGAAUAUUAGAGAAUAAAAGAUAACAUUAUCCAGUGACAGGAAUUUGGGAGAUAAUUAUAGUUUAGUACUAGAGAUGUUAAAAGCUGCAUAUACUUGAACAGUACAAAAGCAUUAAAGAUUCAUUUCCAAAGAAAUGUUUUAUAUAGGAAAAUUUUGAAGUAGUUUUUGCUAAAACUAUUUUCUAGAGUUUGUAUUAUCCUUCUGUCAAUAAACCUGGCUGGAUAUGUUUUUGUGAUUUAUGCAAUUAGAUCAUAAAGAUAAAACCAUUCAAUACACACUUAUCCAACACAGCUAAGUAGGAGAAGCUAGACUUUUAAAAUUUUAUUCUGUAAGA